AUGGCGCCAGUUGGACCUAUAGUCCAUCAAAAUGUCGCCAACAAAGUGAAGCGCCCAGUACCUCCUGGCAUCCAGACGAAUGGCGCUAUAACAUCCUCAAAAUCAUCACCAUCCCCAUCAAUGUCGGCAAAGAAACCUCCGCCGAGUGCCAAGCAACCGCCGCAUUCGGCGAGCGACAGGGCCAUUACCGCAUCAACCGUCCGACCUGUUAACAGAGCCCGACGAGAAACCGCAUUGCAGUUGCAGGGCCGGCACUCUAGGAAUAGUGCUGGCCUGCGAUCAGCGUCAUUAGCGGCAGACCACUCUGGCCACGACGCGGAACCUCGACCCUAUAUUGUUACAGACUCCUAUAUCCUGAACAAAUUUGCCGGUCGACCUCCCUCUCUUGUCUGCCAUCUACACACAACACAUUUCCGAUUCGAUAAUCAAGAUGGCGUGUUUCCGUACAAGUCACCGAUGAAAAUAUUCCUCGAUCACGUCAGAAGCCGGACGAUCCCCCAUGAUCUUCUCUCCUACUUCACCGAUGCCGGUGUGCCAUUCUAUGAUGGAUGUCUCAUUGUUCAAGUUCACGACCACAAGUCUCUUGCGCAAGCGAAGAACGUUGCCAAACCCACAAAAGGAAAGGGUUCCAUGAUGCCGUCUUCCAUCCAUAACUAUAACCAAUGUCUCACACCAUCGCCGAAUGUUCCUUUUCCUAAAGAGAAUUUGUCAAACGGAGAUGGAAGCUCAAAAGGGAAUGACGUGGCUGAAAAGGAAAAUGCCCCCGUCAUGCCAGCGCCUGAGGAGCAAAAAGACAAGGCGACCAAGCCACGGGUCUUUACCAUGGUGCUCCAUCCGACGCCCGAAAGUUUACAGAUGGACCUGUUAAUAAAAGCUUCCACCCCGCGAGGACUGGGUGAUGGCCUUGGCCAACCCCCGUCCACACCAAUGUCACUUAUUCCCCCGACACCUACAGCUGGUACCAUGCCGCCACCCGCAAAGCGCCAGAAACGUGAAAAGACAGAGCUCGACAGCAGCAAUAUUCAUGCUGCAGAGGGGCAGAUCCUGUUGGCAACAAACGCGCCAUUGGUGCUUGAGCCUACUAAGAACCUCGAAGAAACAAUUAUCCUAAUGGAGGCAAUGAGUCACCCCAAGCAUGCAGAGGCUCCACCUCAACCCAAAACACGAAAGCGAACUGUUGCCGAGAUGGCUGCGGACGAAGCCGCUGCAGCAGAGACGGAACGCUUCAUGCUGGUUGCCGACGAGCGUCUUGCAUCAAAUGCGAAUGGAGCGCAGAACGGUGGCGCAGCCGAUGGUGAUGCCUCAGGCGGUGCAUCAACAUUCGAACCUCGAUUCGAACGAUUCAAGCUUUUGGCUACCAUCAGCCAAGAACAUUCCGAGAAGAAGGAACAAGAGAAGCUCAAGCAGUUGGAGAAUGACAGGAAAUUGCAACAAGCGAAACAGCAACAGCAGCAAGAUGCGGUAGCGCUGGCUCAGAAACAAAAUGCUGAACAAGAAAGACUCCGACGGGAGGCCGCUGCGAGAGAAGCUCAGAUGCGACAGGCAGAAGCUCAACGACAAGCUCAAGCUCGCGCCCAAGCGGCGAAUCAGAACAGUCAGAACAACCAAAAUGCUCAGAGGGUCAACGGGAACCAACCACAGCACGGUCAUCCUCAGAACAAUGUCGUCACUAACGGAGUCAAUAACGCAGCUGUGGGAACGCCUCAAAUGGCUAAUAAUAUGCCUCCGCAAGCACAACCCCGCUUCCAGGCUCAGAUCACUCAACCACCGGCGUCUUCUCCAGUUGCUGGCCAAGGUACACCUCAGCAUAUGUCGUCUCCUAUGGUUGCCAGCGUCCCAAUGCAACAGACCAACUCUGGCAUGGCAAACAGCCCCCCUCGGCCGUCUUCUGUCGUGCAAAACGCCGCAGCAAUGUCUGUCCCUAUGGCUCAUAACAUGUCUUCCAGGGGCAGCCAACAGAGCCAUCCCUCCGGCACACCAAGAAUGCCUCAUUCAACGCCCAACAUGGCACAAGGUACUCCGAUCAACAGGCCUGCCAUGGUGGCAACUCCUCGCAUGAGCCAGGCAAGCCCUCCACCAGCUAUGAUGGCACAGAACUCGCAGCCAGGUCAGGGCAUGAUGAUGAACGGCCAGGGCAUGAACCAAAUGAACCCACAAUAUGCGGCUCAAUUGGCACAACAACGUGCUGUACAGCAACAGCAGCAGAUGGCCAUGCAGAACGGUCUUAACAGUGGCAACAUGAGCCAUAUGAGCCCUCAGCAACAACAGCAGAUGAUGCAAGCAAUGCAAAGGCAACUGAUGGCUACGCAACAGGCACAGCAGCAGGGUAACAUGAUAAGCCCUCAACAGCAGCAGCAGUUGGCGGCUCAAUAUGCUCAGCAAAUGCAGAACAUGUCGGGCAACCAGAUACGACAGCUCACCCCUCAAAUGCAGGCACAGUUCCAACAGAUGAUGCGCAUGAACCAAGUUAAUGGCCAGAUGGGAAAUAGUCCUAUGCAGCGUCAAGUCAGCGGACAGAUGAUGCCCAACGGCAUGAACCUGCAAGCUUUCCAGGCGAUGCAGCAGCAACGGCAGCAGCAGGCCCAACAACAGGGCAACAUGAUGAGCCCUCAGCAGCAGCAACAAGUCCAGCAGCAGCAGGCUCAACAACAAAUGGGGCAGAUGGGACAACAAAAUCCAAUUCAAGCGCAAAUGCAACAACAGGCCAGGCUGAUUUUUAGUCGGAUGGUGCCAGCAAUAGCUCAGAAGUAUGGUGGCCAAGAACAUAUUCCGCCAGACGUGAUCGAGAAAAUGAAGGCGCAGAGCAUGGGGCAAGCUCAGAACCUUGUGCAAGCGUCAAUGGCGCAGCGCCGACAGCAACAGCAACAGCAGAUGAUGCAGCAGCAGCAGCAGCAACAACAGCAGAUGCACCAACAGCAGAUGCAACAGCAGCAGAUGCAACAGAUGCAGCAAAUGCAGGGGAUGAAUGGAAUGAUGGGUGGCCCCCAGGGGAUGUGA